CCAGACUAUUUAAACAUAAACAUGGCGACGAACCCACAAGACCCGAGUGUUAAGAGACCGCGGAGAGAUUGUGCGAAAAAGAGCGAUAUUGCCGGAAUAUUACGAAAAAAGGAAAAGAAAGAGAAGGAGAAAGAAAUUAAAUGCAUCCUGUCUAAACCAGCCAAGCUGAGGAGUAAAGAUGAGAAGAAGAUGUUGCGAGAAUGUAAAGAUGUUGCUAAGGAGAUGGAACGUAGAGAAAGACUUAGGACCAUGGUCAAGAUGAAGACAGAAGAGAUUGAAGACAGCAAUGAUGUUCUGGAUGCUAAGAUAGAUGAAUUAGUCUCAGCUCUGAGGCAGGCUAAGCAUGUAGUGAUCUACACUGGGGCUGGAAUAAGCACUGCUGCUUCAAUACCCGACUAUAGAGGGCCAAAUGGGGUGUGGACAUUGCUUCAGAAGGGACAAGUUCUUAGGACCACUUCAUUGGUAGACGCAGAGCCUACCUUAACUCAUAUGGCAAUCAGAGAGCUUCAUCAACAAGGCGUGAUCCAGCAUGUUGUUUCACAAAACUGCGAUGGGUUACAUCUGAGAAGUGGCCUGCCACAGAGGGCGCUGUCUGAGGUCCAUGGUAACAUGUUUGUUGAGGUUUGCACAGAAUGUGACCCAGAGAUCCAAUACAUCCGUCUUUUUGAUGUGACGGAGCGAACUUCUUUAAGAAGACACUGGACAGGUCGAUCAUGUCAUUCCUGCGGAGGACCUCUCAGGGAUUCUAUCGUUCAUUUUGGAGAGAAAGGAGCCGUUGAGCAACCAUUGAAUUGGCCGGGUGCCGUCUCUGCGGCGAGAGACGCUGACAUGAUUCUGUGUCUUGGUUCAACACUUAAGGUUUUGAAAAGAUAUGCAUGUCUCUGGGGCACAGGAAAACCUAGGAACAAACAGCCCAGGUUAUUCAUCGUCAACUUACAGUGGACACCAAAGGAUAAAAUGGCCGUUCUUAAAAUCCAUGGUAGAUGUGAUGACGUUAUGCAACAAGUUAUGUCCAGACUUGACUUAAAGAUACCACAGUAUGACAGAUCUCAAGAUCCCAUCAUCCCCAUGGCAACACCGCUGAAGAAACCAGAACUUCACUCUUUCUCUACAAAACUUUUGGAAGCAGUUCCUAUUGCCGGAUCAGUCAAGAAUAAACCAGUUUCAACCAGUUCUGAUCAUCCUGUUAAAAGAGAUACAAGUGGUUUGCAGCAGCAGCAACCAAGUUCAAUGAAAACAGAACUAAACCAGGUGGAACCAGUACCAGCCAGUUCAGACCAGAAUUUCAACACCACACAAUCAAAUACAAAUUCUCCAAAAAUAGAAUCAGACCAGAUGAAACCAGUUCCAGCAGAAUGUGGGGCGACUGAAAAAGCAGAUAAUGGUUCUCAAGUUAGUCAUGAAGUAUCUUCAAAGUAUGAGGGUGACCUCGGACUAGAAACUGAGAUGGCUUACUCGACACAGAACAAGGACCCAAAUCAAAAUCCGAUGUUAAUAAAACCAGGGUGGUUUGGAAAAGGUUAUCACAAGAAAAUAUCCAGAGGUAGAAAACGAAGGAAGAUCUCCCAGGACUCUAUUUGACCAACUCCAAAUCACGGCCCAAGUUUCCUCAGCAAUAUAUAAACCAAAAGAUAAGUUUGAUUUGAAGUACAUGUCAAAGAGUAAUUUACCCUGGAGUUAAAAUUUACAUUUGUUUUAUGUCUUCAAAACUAUAUUUUUAAACUAUUAUUUACUAUCAUCAUGAUGUUGUUAUGGAAUCGAUUUUUAAACUACUGUAUUUUAUCAUUGGAUCGGACUAUUAAAGAUGUUUUAAAUUUGUAUUUUUUUAAUUGCACGAAUAUGUUUGGUAGUGUCCCGUAUGUGUCUAGCUUUGAAGGAACACGUUGCCUUCGAUCGGAUGAGUUGGUCUAUACAAAGCGUUUG